UAACUCCAUGCAUAAGUAUACACGCACCUCCAACAUAUCAACCAAGAAGGAUUUCAUGGAGGGUGUUUUGUUCUAUGCAUCUCUGUCCCUCAUCUUCAUCCUCUCAAUCACAUUCAAAUUCUUUUUUCGAACUAAACACCGCUACACGAACCUUCCACCAAGCCCACCUUCUCUUCCAGUUCUCGGCCAUCUCCAUCUCCUUAGCCCCACAGUCCAUCGAACCUUCCACCAACUCUCACAGAAAUAUGGCCCUGUUGUUUCCCUCUGGUUUGGCUCACGUCGUGUGGUUGUAGUUUCUUCAUCCUCAGUAGCUGAAGAAUGUUUUGCCAAAAACGAUAUCGUUCUGGCAAACCGUCCUCGCUUCAUGCUCACAGGCAAGCACAUAGGCUACAACUACACCACUGUGGUGGAGUCUCCAUAUGGGGAUCACUGGCGCAACCUGCGCCGCAUUGGUGCUACGGAGAUCUACUCUACCAGUAGGCUCAACAUGUUCUCCAGCGUCAGGAAGGAAGAAGUCAAGCAAUUGCUGUUUAAACUCUCACAAAACUCACGUGAAGAUUUCACAAAGGUGCACUUUAGAAACAUGCUAUCUGAGAUGACCUUCAACAUCGUGAUGACGAUGGUGGCAGGGAAGAGGUUUCAUGGGGAUGACGUUUCGGACAAAGAACAGGCCAAACGGUUCAGAGAUCUCAUGAGGGAGGCUUUCACAUAUGGUGGAGUAACAAACCCCUCAGACUUUGUGCCUAUGUUCAAAUGGUUUGGGAGUGGCGGAUUCGAGAAGAAGGUAAUCAACUUGGGUAAGAGGAUAGAUGCUUUCUUACAAGGUUUAAUUGAUGAGCAGCAUAUAAGUAAAACCACAUCAAGUCAAGGUGAAGCAAGUACAAUGAUCCACCAUUUACUUUCUAUGCAAGAAACGGAACCCGAAUACUACACCGACGAAAUCAUCAAAGGGCACAUACUGGUCAUGCUUUUGGCAGGCACUGAUUCCUCAUCCUUGACACUGGAAUGGGCCAUGUCCAAUCUGCUCAACCAUCCUGAGGUGCUAAAAACUGCUAGAGCUGAAAUUGAUGCUGAGUUUGGACAAGAACGCUUAAUAGAAGAAGCAGAUAUCUUCAAAUUACCAUACCUACAAGGUAUCAUGUCAGAGACCUUCCGCCUGUACCCUACAGCCCCUUUACUAGUACCACAUUACUCAUCUGAGGACUGCACCAUUGGAGGGUUCGAUGUGCUAUGUGACACGAUAGUAAUGAUCAAUGCAUGGGCCAUACAUAGAGAUCCGACGUUGUGGGACGAUCCUGAAAGCUUCAAGCCUGAAAGGUAUGUAAAUGGUGGGGAUGAUUCUCACAAGCUCAUGCCAUUUGGACAGGGAAGAAGGGCGUGCCCGGGAGCAGCCUUGGCCCAACGUGUGCUUGGCUUGUCUUUGGGAUCAUUGAUUCAAUGUUAUGAGUGGGAAAGAACUAAUGAGAUGAAGGUUGAUAUGACUGAAGGUAAAGGACUCACAAUGCCUAAAGCUGUACCAUUGGAGGCUAUGUGUAAAGCACGCCCAAUUGUGAACAAGAUUUUCUCAUAGAUGAAUAUGCAGGUUCAGCAAUACAUAAUUAGAGUACUAUAAACUGAAAGUCUUGUAAUAUAUCAAGAACUUGUAACCACAAGUGUUAUAUUAUCAGUGUGCCAAUUGAUCAUCAGGUUUACCUAAGACUCAAGAACAACCUAGUGUUGAGCAAAAAUGUGUAAAGAAUGUACUCAACAUAAUUUCGUCU